CCAUGAGCCUGAUGCUCCAAGCUCUCAGUUGUUUCCGCACAUCUUCGGCUUUUGUUAGCGAUGUAGACGGUAUGUAUAUGAACAGAAGGGAGAGACCUGUCUUGCAGGUGAUUGUUACGCAGACAAGGGAGAGGUAUGAGGAUGACAUGGCGUUUGAGGAGAUUGAGGAGCAGCGGGGCUUGAGAGAAAUGCUUGGUCGCCGUCCGUCAGGGAUGAUACAUAACGGAUACGUAUAUUCCAAGAUCUGCGUAUGCAUACAUAUCGUUGAGGCAUGAAUGAAAACCGCUCAGAAAUCAUUGAUAUUCAAAAUUAAUUACCACAGUUCCAGGGUCCCGAUGUGCAUCACGCUGCGAACAGAUGCAACGUCUUUUUCGCGUGCAAUGAUAUCGUGAUCUGACGCGACCCUCUGGUAUUCACCAUCACGCCGCUGCGCUAGCAAACAUGCA